GCAUCCUUCUAUGUUAGCUUAGAUAAGUACAUUCUAAGGAAAGACUCAAAACGUGAUAACAAUUAUUAUUAUUAUUUCUUUUAAGCAACAGCAAAGAUGGGGAGUCAGAAGAGUAAACUUCAGGAGGAAGGUUACAAGCUCGUAGAAGAAAAAGAAAAAUCCAUAAUUGCCACGAAAGAUGAUGAGACAUUUUACAUAAAGAAGAUACACAGGCAAGAAGUUGAUCAAUGGUUAGAUACAAACAUUGAAUCCCUCAAGAAGAUAAACCAUCCUAAUAUUUUGGAACUCAAGGCUAUUGAAUGUGAUGGGCAGAUGUGCUACAUAGUGAUGGAUUUCUGCCAUGGAGGAAGUCUUGCAGAAAAAAUCAAAGAAGGUGAUCUGACUUCUUCACAGAUACUGAGCUGGUUUGUUGAGAUCAUCGUGGCACUAAAAACCCUUGGUAAAAAUGGCUUUUUUCACAAAGACCUCACACCACAGAACAUAUUCUUCACCCAGUUUGGACUUGUAACUGUGGGGAUAUUAGGAAUAACCAGUGGAAGUUUGAGAUGCAAGCCAACCACCAAUUCAAAUAAACCAAUAAAUUACAAGCCUCCUGAAUAUUUCACCAAAGGGAGAUAUGUGGAAAAAAGUGACAUCUGGUCUGCUGGAUGCAUACUCUAUGAGCUAUGUACCAAAAAACCAGCGUUCUCUCAAGGUUUUGCAUCUUCAUCCCUCAACCUCAUCCCAAAGAUUAUAAGUGAACCCAACCCAGAACUCCCGAAAGUGUUCCCAUCAGAUCUUCGUCAACUUCUGAGGGAAAUGCUGGAAAAAAACCCUGAAGACAGACCAACAGCUGAUGAAAUCAUUGGACGUCCCUUUGUUCUUAUAUGUCUUCUUGAAAAGUGCAAAGCAACAGUGGAGAAGCUCCAGACCAAAAUAAAUGCACUAAGAGAUCUGGCUGAUGGUUUGGAGACAGUUCAUGAAAAGACCAGCAUUGGCAGUCUUGCUGGUGGAGUGAUCGGAGUAGUAGGAGGAAUCACAUCAAUUGUAGGGCUCAUACUGACCCCAUUCACUUUGGGAGCUUCUCUCAUUGUUACUGGCGUAGGUGUAGGGGUGGGUGCAGUUGGUGGAAUUACUGCUGGUGCCUCAAACAUCACUAAAAUGGUCAAACAGACUUCUCAGCGUGAAGCAGUUGACUUCAUCAUCAAAGAAAUUGAUCAGAAAACUAAAGCAAUUGUCACCUGGCUUCAGGAGAUUUUUGUAGGAAUAGAGACCAUAGACUCUAACAAUCAGCAAACAUUAGAAAAUGAUGGUUUUAAUAAUGAAACCCUGAAAAACGUAGGCUUUAGAGCAGGAAGAAGCCUAGGUUUUGUUUCAGAGGCUGUCCGACUUGGUAGAGUUUUAACCAUUGGUAAAAUUGCAGCACAAACAUCUAGAGUAGUGCGUGUUGCAGAGGUGGCAACAGGUGUACUAUCUGCUUUGUUUGUGGCUGUAGACGUCUUCUUCAUUGCCAUGGAUGCAAAAGAAAUCCAUCACAUCAGACAGGCAAAGGCUUCAACAGCCUCUGACCAAAACACAUUGCUGCCCAAUCCAGAGAAGGAAGACAAGUCUUCUGCAGUAGAAAAUAUUAAAUCAGAAAUCAUGAAAUUUGUCAUGUCAAUCAGAAACUCUGCAGAUGAGCUGCAAAAAGUUGUGGAUGAGCUGAAAAAUGUGAUGUCAACACUUGAGAUAGACCCAGAUGAAGAACAAGAGGGGAUAACACAAAAUUGUGCAUUUGGCUUAAAACCAAAGGCCUAA